UUGGUGAUCUGGUCUAUUAUGCAAUUUGUUCAGCAAUUUCUGUGUUUAUUAAAGUCUUAACGGAUUACACUACUAAGUAUUUCCAUAUGCUUUUGUACAAAAUCGUGACAUCAAGGGUCUCCUAGGUCGGCCCACUUAAAAGAUGUCAGACAUUCCAGACGAGUGGCUGUGGAUUGUCAUUGUUGGUUUUAUUAUAUCAUUUCUUCUGGCAUUUGGCAUUGGCGCUAAUGAUGUCGCCAACACCUUCGGUACCUCUGUUGGUUCAAAGGUCAUCACAUUACUCAAGGCAUGCAUACUCGCAUCGAUUUUUGAGAUCCUUGGUGCAGUGUUGAUAGGCUAUCGAGUGUCGGAUACUAUACGUAAAGGUAUCAUAGAUGUGGAGCCUUACAACAACUCUGAGAAGCUGCUGCUCAUGGGCAACCUGUGUGCUCUCACAGGCUCCUGUGUGUGGAUGUUUGUGGCAACUUUUCUCAGUCUUCCAGUCUCUGCCACACACAGCAUAGUUGGCGCCACAGUUGGCUUCAGCUUGGUUGCCAUGGGAGCAAAAGGUGUUGGCUGGAUGAAGUUGGGGCUCAUUGUGGCCUCGUGGUUCAUUUCCCCUGUAAUGUCUGGAGGGAUUUCUGCUUUGUUUUUCAUUUUUGUCAGGAAGUUUGUUCUUAACAAGGAGAAGCCUCUAGAGCCAGGAUUGAAGCUACUGCCUAUGUUCUAUGCUUUCACCAUCUGCAUCAAUGCUAUCUCCAUAUUUCUGGAUGGAUCAGAGCUGCUGGGAUUUGACAAGAUACCCUUGUAUGGGACGUUCAUCAUAUCAAUAGGUUUAGCUGUGAUAACAGCGCUGUUUGUUAGGCUCUAUGUGGUACCUUGGAUGCGGAGGAAGAUACAAGGUGAAUGUGAUGUAGAGCUACAGGAUACAAACUUGAUAGAGAAGGAGCAAAAUUUAGACGAGCUGAAGUCACAAACAUACAACUACAGCCUGGUCGUUGAUCCACCAGAUGAUGGAUGCAAUGGCACUGAAUCAAAGAUUGGCAGCGAUGUCAUGAUGACAAAACUUGAGAAUGGUGGAGGGGAUAACAUGAUGGUCACAAUUCUGGAUGGUCCGGAUAUGCCAAAUGGAGCCGCAAAUCUUCACAAUGGAGCCACAAAUCUUCACAACGGAGAUGCAAAACAUCAUGUUCCACUAGUGGAUGAGUUCACUGAGGCAAGGGCGAUGAACUCUACCACAGCUCUACUGGGAACCAAAGGGCUUUCAGAAUCUGCAGAAAAAUUACCAGCAAAUGGGAAAGAUCAAACAAACUGUGAUGAAAAGGGCAAGAAAUUAUUGACCCGUGCUGCCAUAAGUGACAAGAAAGAGACGACGUCAUUGUUUUCUUUCCUACAAAUCCUUACCGCCAUCUUUGGCUCAUUUGCUCACGGGGGGAAUGACGUCAGUAACGCCAUAGGACCUUUAGUGGCACUGUGGGUGAUCAGCAAUGAACAGAGUGUGUCCCAGAAGGCCCCCACACCCAUCUGGAUACUGCUGUAUGGAGGGGCUGGGAUUAGCAUUGGCUUGUGGGUCCUGGGUAGGAGGGUGAUAAAAACAAUGGGGGAGGAUCUGUCAAAGAUUACACCAUCCAGUGGCUUUUGCAUUGAAAUUGGGGCUGCUUUGACUGUACUCAUUGCUUCAAAUGUGGGCAUUCCCAUCUCAACGACCCACUGUAAGGUCGGGUCCAUCGUCUUCACGGGUCGCGUCCGGUCCAACGACAAUGUGGACUGGUCACUGUUUAGGAACAUUCUAAUUGCCUGGGUGGUGACGCUACCUGCCUCAGGCCUGCUGAGUGCGUUGAUGAUGUAUUUAUUGAAGGAGUUUGCACUUUGACACUCAGGUUGAUACGCCAGGGGAACUACUUUAAUGAAUAAUUCUUUUUGAUGUGAAAUUUCAUUUAAAGCCGCAGUUUAUUUGUGGCCUGUGGAACUUGUAUCCAGUGUGAGGUGUCGUCAGGAUCUGGUUACUUCAUGGCUUGUAGGAGAGCUUUUAGACAAUUUUUUCUGUGAAUCAAGGAUUUGACUUUUUGUUGUUGAUUUGGUCGACAUUGGCUAAACCUGGAUAGGAAGUUAAGUCACUCACCCAAUGUUUAUCUGAUAGAAUUUCUAAUUUAAAAAAUGUGAUGGUUUUUGUUAUUAGCUGUGUUAUUACCUGAGAUAAAAGAAAAUAAUGUUAGAAUACUGAAGGUACAUAUCAUGUCAGUCAUGCUUAAAUGUUAUUUAAUGCUGUGAAUGGAAAAAGGAUAUUCUUAAUAAUGGGGACGUUUUAGUACUAAUUUGAAUUAUCGGUCUAGUACAUAUAGUUAUGUUCUAAUACAUGUAUUUUAUCCAUUUGGCUAGUAAAGAUAUUUUAACCACUGAUCUAGUACAGAUAUAUUCUAAUUCAGAUAUUUUAACCAUAUAUCUAGAAUAGAUAGAUAAAUUCAAUACAGAUAUUUUAACCAUUGAUUUAGUACAGCUAGAUAAAUUUAAUACAGAUAGUUAAACUACAAAACCUAGUUAAUUUAAAUUGGUAUGAAAAUAAUUGCUGGUUUGAAAUUCAGAUGAGUGAGUGGAAGGCUUUGUAGAGUUUAGGUUUAGUUACGUCCAAUGUACUAUUAUCCGCUUGUAUUGGUACUGUACUCAGUACUUGGUAGUGUACUCAGUACUUAAACUGUUACUUGCUAGUGAUUAGUUUUGUAGUGUAGACACUGUAUGAACUGCUGAGUUGCUUGCAACAGAAUUAAAACCCGUCCAGAAAUAAAACAAACACUGUCUUGUGGGGCACAGAACAGCUUUGGCCUGCGUUAUUUGGAAGCUUGUAGUAUCUUAGGUUUGGUCAACACGCGAGGGUUUUAGUUCUCUUCUUGUUAGGUUUUUUGCUCACAAAACUUUUCUUCUGUUAACAUUUUCAUUCAGUGAAUCUCUUUGUAAAUAUAGUUUUUUUUUUUAACUUUGAGGGAGUUUGUUUUUAAAAACAACGUUGAUUUGGUUAUCACUUAAAAAACUAGUGAGGUAAUUAAUUGGGAUGUACUUGCCUUUUUUGUCACAGGGACCCCUAGUUUUUAGUUUGCCUGCUGGAGAAUCAGUUACUGUAAUAGAGAUGUUAUUAAAUGAAAUGUGAAUUGUAAAUACUGGUGGCCACAUCUCAGAAAUUGUACAGACUUAAAGUAGAAAUUUUUUUUCUGCUUGUGCAUUUUUUACAAGCUGCAGGAGAAAUCUUUUAUCAAAAUUUGAAGCUUAUAUAAUAGCUGAGUCCGAAGAAUUUGAACAUUACGUCAACAACUAUUUUCUUUAAAAUCAACAGAUAUAUGAUAUAAGAACAACAUUCCCAAACAUAAAAUCUUAGAAAUAUGAAGUGUAGACAAAGUGUUUGUUAUAAUAAAAAAAAAUGUAACAUGGUUUUACUAUUGUAAAAUAUAAUUUUUGCUUUGAAAAAGUUUUUUAAAUUUGUGCAACGAAUUAUCUUAUUUAUAUUUGAUGCCAUUUUUUAAAACUUAAAUUUGUAAACAUUUGUGGUUUAAAAAAUGUUCUUUUUAUUCGUCUUCCUCAACGUUUUUGUGUGCUUGUACCAGCUUUGAACAUUCUAUGACACAGAUGAUGUGUACGUGAAUGUUUACUCUGUACAAGUACACAAACUGUACAUGACAAGAACAAAAAAAAAUUUCUGUGACUUUUCUCCAAGUUUUUCCUGUUGGUGAAAAAUGUCUACUAUUUUGACAUUCAAACAAAUUCUGUUAACAGUUCAAAUCUUGUGAUGUUUUUUUAUCCAGUGGGAAAAACAGAGGUCAACAAAUACUAUCUGCAGGUUAAUUCACUGACUUCCUUCUUCCCUCCCCUGCCCCACUUACCCAUUCAAUUCACUCCCCUCCUUCAAGCUUUGACCAGAAAUACAAAUCAAUGUUUUCAUCUUUUCUCAAGUUUUUCAUUUUAUUUUUAUCUUUUUUGCUUUCUGAAGUUACAACUUUAUUUUUUAAAAUACUUUUUCCUUACAAGAUAAGUAUUUGUCUAAAAGGCUUAGACUAAUUGGUUUCAAGAACGUUUUUUUUUUACUUGAUGCUGAAAGGUUAUAUUUAAAUACAAGUAUAGAUAUGUAAUAAUAUAUUAUACAAUUGUACAGUUUAAAUAUAUAAGGUAUUAAAAUAAUCAUUAAUUAAUACUACACUAAAAGAUGUAGCUUGAUGCAAUAUUUAAAUAAUGUUGAUGUAUGUUAUAUUUUAACUUGGUUUAAACACCUUGAUUAUUUUUAUGUAAGUGAAUAUAAAAAAAGCUGUUUUAGACUGCCAAUAAUUGAUGAUGGGGAAGCCAAGCUUAGCUGAGCUGUAAGGGGAAGCAAUGUUUAGCAGAACUGUAAGGGGAGGCAAUGUUUAGCAGAACUUAAAGGGGAGACUAUGGCUGUUUAGUUGUUUACAGUGGUUCAAUAAUGAUCUCAGGUGUCAAAAUAAAACUAUUGAAGUCUGACACCACUUUCCUCAUGUGAAGACAUUUCUUAACAUAAAAACCUUUCUUCACAAGAAAAUUUUCCUCGCAUGAAAUAUUUCCUAAGAACAUUUUACUAUGAUUUACACAACCUAAACACCAUAGAAAUGAAAACUUUUUGACAGAGUGUCUUCCACAUCAUUGCAUGAAAGAAUGUUCUACCACAUAGUUCUCUCACAGGUGUGGCUUUUCAAAAUGUUGUGAGUUCAAAUUAUAUUCAACUUAUUUUUUGUUAGCAUGUUGUCUACUUUUUAUUGCUCAUUAGUAUGUGUUAUUACUAUCUAGAAACAAGGACUUACAUUUUGUGUAGAAAAAGAAUCUCUUAUUUCAACCUGUUUUGUUCCACAACUUUUGUUCAACUUUUUAAUUGUUUAUGUCAAGCACAUACACAGUGAAUAGUUCUAGUGAUUAGUUGCUAAUUAGAUCUGUUAAGAUGGGAAGGGGAGGGAUGAUUAGUGUGUUGAGUUAAAAUUUGAAUUCUGACAAAUUUAAAACUUGUUUUUUUUUGUCAAGUUAAAAUUUGGUUUUUCGUCAUGUUCCAACUCUGGAUGACUUUCACAAAAUAAAUGUUUGAUUUUGAUUGAGUU